AUGCGACAAGACCUGGUUGACGUGUGGCAUGCCUAUCGCACGCCCAUCAUCCUGUCGGCUCUCCUUCUCCUUGCCGGUCUGCGCAUCUUUCUUCACACGACCGAGGACAGAGAGCCGCUCGUUGCGCUUCCCAAGAUUUACAACGAGCCACAGCAGCCCCAAGUAAGCGAAAAGACGAUCUCCAAGGCGCAACCGGUGGCCGAGACGGAAAAGAAAUCAUCUGGCCCACGGCGGAUAAAAGGAGGCGUGACGCGCAAGGCUUCGCAAGAGGACAAGACUGCGCCGGCCGAACACGACAGACCCGCAAAGGUGCUCGUCUUCUUCUCUUCUGUGACCACCAAGACGGAAAAGAUUGCACACGACUACAUCAAGACGCUCGAGGCAUUUCUGGACCAGAAGGCCAACGAGACGGACGACAAAUUCCUAAAGCCAGAGUUGCUGGAUCUGACCGAGAUCGACUUUGAAGACUACUUUGUCAGCCCUCCCAAGUCCCCCGAAGGCGCCGCAUACUUUUACCUGUUCCUCAUCCCGAGCUACAACAUCGACACCAUCAACGAUACCUUUCUUCAGCAUCUGCAAGAAACACACCACGACUUUCGAAUCGAUACCGCCCCUCUGUCUUCCUUGGUAGGCUACUCAGUCUUCGGUUUCGGCGACAAAGAGGGAUGGCCAAACGAAGACGAGGGCUUCUGCUUCCAAGCCAAGGAAUUGGACAAAUGGAUGUCCAAGCUGACUGGCCGGAAGCGAGCCUAUCCCGUGGGAAUGGGCGACAUGAAAAGCGACCAUGCGGAACGAUUCACGGAAUGGACCUUUGGAGUUCAAGAGGUCAUUGCUCAGGCCUCACAGACCGGAUUCCUCGGAGAGGGAGUUCCCGGUAGCGGCGAUGCGGUGGAAAGCGACGAUGAGGAGGCCGAAGGGGAUGAUGGCGAAGUCGUCUUUGAUGACGAGGAGCCGAGCAACAGCAAAGAAUCCGACGGCUCCAGGCCGUUGGACGACGUUGAGGAUCUGGGAAAGAUGAUUCGUCCCAGCAAAGACGGAAACGAGGGUCCUCGCAAAGCAGCCCUGGCCGUUGACUUCACCACCUAUCCCUCUGCCAGCAAGAGAAAGGGCCAGGCACCAGUCAUCAAGGAGAUGGUGGCCAAGGACUCGCCCACAUACAACGCUCUCACCAAGCAGGGGUACUCGAUUGUGGGCUCCCACUCCGGCGUCAAGAUCUGUCGCUGGACAAAGUCGGCCCUGCGCGGGCGAGGCAGCUGCUACAAAUACUCUCUUUACGGCAUCAACUCCCACCAGUGCAUGGAGACCACCCCGUCGCUCUCAUGCUCCAACAAGUGCGUCUUUUGCUGGCGUCACGGGACGAAUCCAGUCGGCACAACGUGGCGAUGGGUAGUUGACCCUCCCGAGAUGAUCUUUGACGGCGUCAAAGAGAACCACUACAAGAAGAUCAAGAUGAUGCGCGGCGUGCCCGGCGUUCGCGCGGAACGCUAUGCUGAAGCUCUGAGGAUCCGACACUGCGCAUUGUCCUUGGUCGGAGAACCCAUCUUCUACCCUUACAUCAACGAGUUCCUCGCCAUGCUGCACAACGAGCGAAUCUCGUCUUUCCUAGUCUGCAACGCGCAGCACCCCGACCAGCUCGCCGCCCUCAAGGCCGUGACACAGCUGUACGUGUCCAUCGACGCCUCCAACAAAGACUCGCUCAAGAAGAUUGACCGGCCCCUGCACCGCGAUUUCUGGGAGCGCUUCCUCCGAUGCCUGGACAUUCUGCGCGAGAAGCGCUUCCGCCACCGCACCGUCUACCGCCUGACCCUCGUCAAGGGCUUCAACGUGGAAGACGAGGUCGAAGGCUACGCCCAGCUCAUCGAGCGCGGGCUGCCGUGCUUCGUCGAGGUCAAGGGCGUGACGUACUGCGGGACGUCGACGUCCUCCAACGCGGGGCUGAGCAUGUCCAACGUGCCCUUCUACUGGGAGGUCUGCGAGUUCGUCAAGGCGCUGGACAGGCGGCUGCAGGAAAAGGGCCUCGGGUACGGCAUCGCCGCGGAGCACGCGCACAGCUGCUGCGUGCUGCUGGCGAGCAACCGCUUCAACGUCGACGGCAAGUGGCACACGCACAUUGACUACCAGAGGUUCUUUGAGCUGCUCGAGGAGAGGGGCCCGGACGGCGACUGGACGCCCGAGGACUACAUGGGGCCGCCGACGCCGGAGUGGGCGCUGUGGGGGAAUGGCGGGUUUGAUCCGAGGGAUGAGCGGGUUGAUAGGAAGGGGAGGAAGAUGGAGGCUGUUGUCUCCCGGGAGGCGCCAGAGUAG